AUGUCAAAGAAGUUUAAUUCAAAAUUAAAAAAAUGUCAAAAAGAAUCGUCAGAUGAAGCAACUCAACAAGAAGUGUUCUUGAGAUCGAUGUCAGCUAUGGGAAUCGUUCCAAAGAAAUUUAAUGAAGAAGAAAGUUCUGCGAAUUUUCCACAGGUUUAUGAGAUCAUCGAGAAAAUCUUGAAAUCAAGAGAACAUUGCGACUUAAACAUUGUCAUUGGAUCGGAGUCAUUUGAAUGUCAUAUGAACGUGUUGAAAAGUUAUUCGGAAUAUUUUCAAAAGUCGGAGAAAAGCUUGAAGUCUGGAACUAUUGAAUUGCCAGAAGAUAAAGUCACACCAGAAGCUUUCAAUGUCAUUUAUGCAUGGAUGUUGGCAGACGAGAGUGAAAUUCCUCGAUUACAUUUCGCAAGGAUAUUCAAAGCAGCAAAAUUUCUUGAAAUUAAAGAACUUUUGAGUCAAAUCAUGUGCUUCAUCGAUGAGAAUGUGAUUGGAGAACGAGAAGCUUUAUCGAUUUAUUUAGAAGCGAAAGAAAUCAACGAGAAGACGUUGCAAGGAUUCAUGAUGAAGAAAAUUUCUAAAAUCUUCCUGACAUUUGUUGCUUCGUGGGAAUAUUUGCAAUUGACAGAAGAAGAAGUGACGCAACUCCUUCAAUCGAAUAGAUUGGGAGUCAAUUCCGAACUUGAUAUUCUUUUCGCAGUUAUUCGUUGGUCACAACAUGAGUGGCCUUCACGCAAAAGUUCUCUUUCACAUCUCAUGAAAUGUGUUCGCUUCGAACUCAUUCAAUCAUGGCAGCUUGUAGAACUAAAGAAAUAUCCGAAAGAGUUUGAACACAUUUUUAAAAUGAAAGAAAUCCAAGCAAUGAUUGAUGACGCAAUUUCCUUGAUUUCACUUAGAAAUGCUCAACAUGACGGUGAUGGAGAUCAAGAUCCUUUCCCAGCAACGAUACAUCGUCGAAUAAUCAAUGAUCCUAUGUGGAAUUCAUUUGAAUUCGAAAAGAACUCAAAUCUUUAUCAUAAUUAUCGUAACUUUUGCAUAUAUUUGAAGCAAUUUGAUGCAGUUCAUUGGAGGAAAGUGAAGUAUUCUAAUCCAAAGCAUGAAUUGCAAACAUUAAUUUAA